AUGCAGAUGUUAUAUACCCAUCAGAAGGAGAGGUUUUUGUGCGACCUCCGCAAGGCUCGGGAGCAAUUCAAGGGGGAAGAGCUGGCGAAGGUGUUAGAGAGGCUGCGGACCAGACUGGAUGAUCCGCAACUAUUGUCCGUCGACGUCGUUAUAAAUAUGCUCAUCUCAUUCCGAGACUCGCAGAACUACAAUGCCAUGGUGAAACUCAUUGAGGACCUGGAACACAUACCGAACAAUAAAAUACAAGGACAAACAAUGGUCAUGUAUCAGUAUGCUUUCGCCCUCAACAGGAGAAACAAAAAUGGUGACAGAGAAAAGGCCCUCAAGGUCAUUAAUCAGGUAUUAGCGGUUCCCGACAACCAGACCCCAGAUAUCCUGUGUCUCUGUGGUCGGAUACACAAGGACAUGUUCGUGGACUCUGCCUACAGGGAUCAGUCCUGUCUACAGAGUGCCAUAGAGUGGUAUCGUAAAGGAUUUGAGAAACAGCCGCACGAAUAUGCUGGUAUCAAUUUAGCGACACUGUUGGUGAUAUCGGGCAAACGAUUCUCAAACUGCUCCGAACUCCAGAGAAUAGGUUUGGUCCUGAACAACCUGAUCGGUAAGAAGGGCAGUUUGCAGUCUCUGUCCGACUACUGGGAUGUGGCCACGUUUUUUGAGAUCUCUGUCCUGGCUGAAGAGUACGGGAAGGCUAUACAAGCUGCGGAGUGCAUGUUUAAUCUGGAACCACCGGACUGGUACCUUAAGUCUACCGUGGGUAAUAUCAGUCUCAUCAUGAAAUUCAGGAAGGAGGAACCGAACCCAGGGCAAGAAAAACAGCUGUUCACUUUCUGGAUGGAGUUUUUUGCUGCGGCCACACAGACUGAAAUGGCGUCAAAGGGAAUCCUGUUUCCGGUACUUGUACUGGAGCCGACCAAAGAGUUCAUGCCCAGCUUUAUACAGGUCAACAUUGAUGAGGAUACAGAAACAGAUGAGGUAAAACUGUGGAACGUUUGCCCAAAGGAUGGCACCCAGAACUCUUACCAAUGGAGUUUCCCCUGUACUGCAAUUAAAGGUGUCAGUUUAUACAAGAGGGAUUGUCGAGCAGUCUUUCUCUAUGUACAACAAAACUCGGAUGAUUUUCACAUAUUUUUCUCGUCAGAAUCACAAAGAAAAAGAUUUUAUGAGUUAGUGUCGAACAUGAUUGCCAACCAGACUGACAGCCAAGUUUUUGAUCUCAUGGAUGAAACCGACCAAAUUGAGUUUGAAUAUGACUACGAUGAGAGGAAGAAUAAGGUGGUUUUGGGUCGUGGCACGUAUGGUGUGGUAUAUGCCGCUCGUGACAUAAAGACACAAGUACGCAUAGCUGUCAAGGAGGUCCCGGAGAAACACGCUCAAGAGGUACAACCACUCCACGAGGAGAUCCAGCUACACUGUCGCCUAGCACACAGGAACAUUGUGAAGUAUUUGGGCUCGCGCAGCGAAGACGGCUUCUUUAAGAUUUGCAUGGAACAGGUGCCGGGAGGAAGUUUGUCACAGCUACUGCACUCCAAGUGGGGACCUUUGAAGGACAAUGAGACAACUAUAGCUUACUACACCAAACAGAUUCUUGACGGACUCAAAUAUCUGCACGACGGUAUGAUCGUACACCGAGACAUAAAGGGAGACAAUGUACUGGUGAACACCUACAGUGGCGUGCUCAAGAUCUCCGACUUCGGCACAUCAAAGAGGCUGUCUGGAAUUAACCCCUGUGCAGACACAUUUGCCGGAACGAUACAGUACAUGGCCCCGGAGGUCAUCGACAGGGGAGCAAGAGGAUAUGGACCGGCUGCUGAUAUCUGGUCCCUCGGCUGUACUGUCGUGGAAAUGGCUACAGGAAAGAUGCCGUUCAUUGAGCUUGGUAGUCCAGAGGCUGCCAUGUUUAAAGUUGGAUUUUACAAGAGUCACCCAGAGAUCCCAGAGAGCAUGUCCCAGAAUGCCAAGGCAUUCCUUCUACGCUGUUUUGAUCCUUCUCCAGAUGAACGGGCUACGGCAGAGGAACUCCUAAAACAUCCCUUCAUCACCGAAACACUUGCAAAGAAAAAGAAGAAGAAAGUUCACGAUGUGGAAUAUCUUAGAAGUACAUCAAUGCCAGCCGGCCAUGAAACCCGAAGUAGCAGUAAAAGCCCAAUGAAGUUACAUUUGCCAAAAAAGAAAAGAUUAAGUAUUGACAUACUGGGAAGUGUUGCUAGGAUCACUAAGCCUGUGGAUGCCGCUCCGGAGAGCCCCAAAAUAUGUUCGCCGACAAAGAAGGACGAGAGAUUAGAACGCGGCCGAUCACCAAUGUCCAGUACGGGGAGUGCAGACAUGGAGCUGGACGAAGAGUUAGCUAUGGUUGAUGAGGAGAGUUGUGAGCCCAAAUAUCUCCGAUCUCGUAGUCUCCACUCGGGGCUCCUAACUCUAGACUCGCCAGACAGGACUAAUCUUGAUGGCUUUCGGAAGCGUGCCGAUUCUGACGGCAAAUUUCAGCGUAGCGAGUUCCUACGAAAACGGUCUCCGUCCCCUCUCCGGUCACCUUCCCCUAGGUCCUACUACAGUAUGGAGUUUGGGGGACUGUCCGCUAGUUCUAGUAUGACCAACCUUUCUCCUGACAUCAGCGAAACAGAACACAGCUCGGCAGACAGCAUGGGACGGGAGUUUGGAUUCUACCUGCUAAGGAAAGACUCGGAAAGACGGAUAACUCUAGUCCAUAUCCUUGAUUUAGACACGGAUAAGAUCUGCAACACCUGGUUAGACCUUCUACAUAAAGAUGCGACAAUAUCCAAUCCUAAAAUCACUGUGGAGCACCUGCGGCCAUUGCUAUGUGGGCUACGCACAUACAUACAGGACCAGAACGCUAAUGCUAUCAGUGAAACACUUGACAAGCUGAAGGUCCUGGUAGACUUUGAUGUCACCGCCAUUAUGGAGAUUAAACUCGCUCUCUACGUCUUCCACGAGGCUGUUGGUAAAUGUCUAAAAUGCCACAAUAUACAGCCCCAUUGGAUGUUUGCGCUCGACAACCUCCUACGCAGCGCCGUUCAACGAGCCAUCACCAUUUUAUCUCCAGAGCUAGGUGCCAGUCUAUCGGUUGGCAGUAAGGAAGAUGAAAUAGACACAUCCGGUGUUCCGUCCACAAAUUCCAACAAGUCUGCCCUUGUGUACCGACCAAGUCCCGAAACCGCUGAGCUCCGCAACCAGCUGGACAAUAUUGAAGAGGAUAACCUGAGAUUACUGCAUGAAUUAGUUGAUGUCAGCCGUUCCUAUGGCAACCUACUCCAAAAGUCAAUAGAGGAGAAGAAACUCCAUAUAGACCAUGUUAAGAUAUUUGGUAGCCUCAGUCAUCCAAAUAUCACCAUGCCAUCAACUCACGGAAAACGAGUUCCAGAAAUCCAUGAACCCCCAGAUGAGUCCCUGGUGGCCUGGAUGAGGGAGAAAAAAUUAGAUGAGGAAUCAAUUCAUAAGGUGACAGCAGAACAGUAUUCCUUAGAAGAUAUAUUAGAAAUUGUCAAUUAUGACGAUUUAAAGCAACUUAAUUUACGGGGCGGUAUGGUGUGUCGUCUCUGGAAAGCUAUAACCAAAUGGAGAUCAAAACCUUAAAUAUAACCAAGGGAGACAUAUUGUAUUUACCUGGUUACCAAAGUUUUACCUGUUUGACUGCAUGUGCUUUCCUCUCUGUGUCACACAAAUGCUUGCACAGUUGUCAGUGUCCUCAGAAACCUUGUAGUACAUAAUAGUGUGCAGCAUAGCUGUCAAACAUUUCCAUGACUGUGAUAUUUACCUUGAAUUGGAAUAGCAUUGUCCCUAUAUUCCACAAUGGUAUAGGCUAAAGUUUGUACUUGAGACAGAUGAUUUGAAAUGGAGGUAAGAUGGCCGUGUUCAGAUUUCCUGCAAUGAACAUUUAAAUUGAAAUUCAUGGUUGCUGUGUGUUUCCAUCUGUCAACCUAGAAUAGAUAUAUUGGACUUUCACUAUCCAACGCAUUAUUUAGUCACAAAAUAUUCAUUCGUGUUUAAUUUUGUAGCUAAAGCGGCUUGCUACAAUUUCGAACAGUAUGAAAAAUGUCACGAAUUAACAAAAUUGUCCAGCAAAUGGAUUUUUAGUUUUUUUAAAUUCAAACUAAUAUGAAAUAUAUAUUUUUUAAUAUUAGAGAGCUGAGUUAAAAAUUUAAAACGCCUGAGUGAUCUCUGAAUUUUUCACGUUAAUUGAUCUGAUGCUUGUGUCAUUGUAGUGAAUAUUCCGUCUUUGCGUAUUGCAGAGUUAUCUUCUCUUGAGAGCAGGUAUUAAUUGUUAC